CCAAAAGCCAAAGCCCACUUUAUCAAUACACUCAGUCUCUCUCUCUCUCUCUCUCUCGCUCUCUCUCUAUCCCCUUCUCUCAAAGCCAAAACUCACUUUUCCAAUACACUCACUCUCUCUCUCUCUCUCUCCUUCUCUCUCCUUCUCUCCCCGAAACACAUUCGGAAGUAAAAAUGGGCAGCCUUGAAGCGGAGAGAACGACUAGAGGAUGGGCAGCAAGAGACUCAUCUGGAAUUCUCUCACCCUACACCUACAAUCUCAGGAACACAGGGCCAGAAGAUGUUUACGUCAAGGUUCUCUGCUGUGGAGUUUGCCACUCGGAUCUUCACCAGAUCAAAAAUGACCUUGGCAUGUCAAAUUAUCCCAUGGUUCCCGGGCAUGAGGUGGUUGGUGAGGUGGUGGAGGUGGGAUCAGAUGUGACCAAGUUCAGAGCAGGAGAUGUGGUUGGAGUUGGCCUCCUCGUUGGAUGCUGCAGAAACUGCUACCCGUGCAAAACGGACAACGAGCAGUACUGCAACAAGAAAAUCUGGUCUUACAAUGAUACUUACACCGACGGCAAAACCACCCAAGGCGGCUUUGCUGGGGCCCUCGUCGCUGAUCAAAAAUUUGUGGUGAAGAUACCGGAGGGCAUGGUACCCGAACAGGCAGCGCCGCUGCUGUGCGCCGGGGUGACGGUGUACAGCCCGCUGAAGCACUUUGGCCUGAAUGUGAGUGGGUUAAGAGGAGGAAUAUUGGGGCUUGGAGGUGUGGGACACAUGGGGGUGAAGAUAGCAAAGGCCAUGGGGCACCAUGUGACUGUGAUAAGCUCAUCGGAUAGGAAAAGAGAGGAGGCUUUGGAGCAUAUUGGGGCUGAUGAGUUCUUGGUUAGCACUGAUGGCACCAAAAUGCAAGAAGCUGCUGACUCAUUGGACUACAUCAUUGACACAGUUCCUGUGGGCCACCCACUUGAGCCUUACCUCUCUUUGUUGAAGCUUGAUGGGAAAUUGAUCUUGAUGGGUGUAAUUAACACCCCAUUACAAUUUGUCUCCCCAAUGGUCAUGCUUGGGAGAAAGACAAUCACAGGGAGCUUCGUGGGGAGCAUGAAGGAAACUGAGGAGAUGCUUGAGUUUUGCAAAGAGAAAGGAUUAACAUCAAUGAUUGAAGUGGUUAAGAUGGAUUACAUCAACACAGCCUUUGAGAGGUUGGAGAAGAACGAUGUUAGGUAUAGGUUCGUUGUGGAUGUGGCCGGCAGCAACCUUAUUGAAUAAAGAGAAAAAAGAAAAAAAAAACACAGAAUCCUGACUUUUCUACAAAGAGUUAUCUGCUGUUUUGUUUUAUUGACAAAUAAUAACGAAGAAAAAGAGAGAGAGAGAGAGAGAGAGAGAGAGAGAGAGAGAGAUGAAAUAGUGUUUUGUUUUAAUAUAAUUGGAUGUUUGUGUUGUUUUUCAAUUUACUUUGAAUCAAGAUGCUUUGGUGAAUUGAUUGAGGUGA